AAACCCGUCCGGUGCGAUUUUUUCGGUGAUUCGUCAGUACACGUCGCCACGUAUCCCCCCAUGGCUGUACUCCCCCCUUCCUAACCGCCUCCUCCCCCCCCCGCGCCUAUUUAACUGUGUGAAACGCUCCGUUUCUGUUCGCAGUCGCGGCUAUGGUGGUGGAAUCCGAUCGGGUCAGGGGUCCGUGGAGCGCGGAGGAGGAUGAGUCGCUGAGGAAGCUGGUGGCGCUUCGCGGCGCUCGGAACUGGGCGUCGAUUAGCCAGUCGAUUCCUGGACGGUCCGGGAAGUCGUGCCGCCUGCGGUGGCAUAACCAGCUGUCGCCGGCGGUGGAGCACCGGCCGUUCACGGCGGAAGAGGACGCGGUUAUUGUCCAGGCGCACGCGGAUUUCGGGAACAAGUGGUCCGCCAUCGCGAAAUUGCUCAACGGGCGGACGGAUAACGCCGUGAAAAACCACUGGAACUCGUCGCUGAAGAGAAAGCUUUCCCAUUGCGGCGGAGGAGAGCAGCGGCCGGGUCAGAUUCUGAGGCGGCAGGGAAGUGCGGACGUCGCGUCGAUUGUGAGUCCCGACCGCUCCUCGGAAUCCGGCAUCAGCUAUUCCCCGGCGGUGGAACCAGUCUCGACGCAGGCCGAUCCGUUGACUGCGUUGACUCUUUCGUUUCCGGCACAAAGAGCGAAUCCGGAAGCUUUGAGGCCACGGGAUCUUCCGAAUGGCCGCCAUGGGAAUUGGAUUGAGGGGACGGAGUUGGAGAAUGCCCCGCCAUUGAAUCCGGAAUUACAUUCACUGAUGCAAGAAAUGAUUAGGAAGGAGCGGUCUGGAAGCUUCCGUCUAGAGAUAGACGAAUCGCUCGAAGGGCCCGACCGACCGGAGAAGAGUCCCAAGCUUCAACCGGCGAAGAUCUCCGAUCAGAUAGAAGAACAAGGAGAAGAAGAAGCAGAAGCUGAAACAGCACCGGCGAUAUGCUUCCCACAUCUUCAUCGAAAGGGCGGACAAGCUCUCACGCCCGGCCUAAUUCCGUUCUCCCUCAGUACCUCCGUAGAAUUGUCAAGUGGCAACAAAUGGACAUCGAAUAUACUUUCUGGCAAAUGCUCCACCUAUGUACCUCUCCAAAAGUGGUGUUAGUAUUUCUAGAUCUAUGAAUUUGU